AUGGAUUCUUUUUUCGGGUUUGAUACCACCUUUUCGGUGGUAAACAACAAGGAAGACGUCGAUGCAGGCGAUGGAAAGCGGUCCCGUUCUUCAUCGUGCUACUUCAAGGAGGAGGAAUCCGACGAGGAGGAGUACGAUGCACUCAAUGACGAAACGUUCGGGGCGGCGGACAAGGGCGAUUGGGAGCAUAUACACGAGAAUCUGGUCCGCUUGGAGACGGGUGCGAAGGGGGAGGAUGACGCGAUGAGCAGCGAGCUUGACGAUGGCCACAGCCAGCCACUGCUGUUCGACGAUUACGAUCUGGAUCUGAAGUUUAACUUUUACGACACCAAUGACGAGAGCGGUCGCAGCAGUGUUGGGGCGCAGAGCUUCGGCGACGAGUUUGCGAGUAAGCUACGUCUCGAUCCGAGUAUUUGGGACAGUCCGUUGAUGGUGGCGACGCACCAUCUGCAUCAUCAGCCGGUUGCGGCAGGGUUUCCGCAAACUGCUGCAAUUCAUCCGAGCGUUUCAUCAGCAUUUCAAAACAGUUCUCCUACUCCCGGUCAGCCACUGGUAUCGUCAGGAAUGGCGAAUGGAGGAUUUCCACCGGGUCUCGUCACACCACCAAUGAAAAUGCUGUCGGUCGAGGAUAUUGAAAGAAACAUAAUUCAACAGCAACGACAGAAGUUAAAAGAACAUCAGCAAAAAUUAUUGCAUCAGCAGCGACAACAGCAACAGCAGCAGCAGCAGCAGCAGAAACUACAACAGCAACAUAAACUAUUUGCACAGCAGCAGCAGGCUGUUUUGCGGAAUCAACGGAAACACCAACAAACACAUGCUGCGAAAUCCCGCGAGACUCAGCCAAUACCGAAGGAUGGACCACUCAAAAUGCAGCACGGCGUUGGGGUACUUCCUUCCGUGAUGAAUCCAUUAGGUUCAGUCAUCCCUCCUCCAAUGCUUAACCCGCCACAACUUCUGUCCACCAGAAGCGCCCUAUUUCCUUCCGUUCCGGGGCAUAGUCAUUCCGCUGCACAUUUGCUCACACAGACGGGUCGUGUUCCCUUGGGUAUGGUGCCGCAUCCCUAUGGACUGUUAUCUGCCGCUGGACAGUUUCCGGGCCCCAUAAACAAUCUUGCUAUGCACCCAGCCUUUCCACACGCAGCUCUUGGGUCGCACGGACUACACGGUCUGCUAGCCGGAUCGGGACCGAUCCCUUCCCUCGGCCAGCAGCGUCACCCGGUAGCACCGUCACCCUUUCUGCUGCAACCAAACGCAAGCAGUAUGCAAAACAAUCAGUUCAAUCAACGCUUGGUGCAGGAGAUUCAGCAAAAUCAUCCUUUGCUGGCGUUCAACCGACAGCAGCAGCAGCUGUAUAUGCAUCAUCAUCAGCAGCAAUAUCGGAACAGCAAUGGAAUGCCUCAUAGGGUGGAUUCUGGCGUUGACCACGACGAGUAUGCCAACCUGAUGAGCAAUCGAGAAAAGCAGUGGCUGAUUGGAAUCCAACUGACGCAGCUUAAUUCAGACUGGCCAUACUUUAGCGAUUACUAUUUCACCGUGUUUAAGGAGCGCCUGGCAGCGCUUAAGGGUGAAAGCCAUGCCGCCAAUCGAGCCUACAAGGAUAACCAGCUGAACCAUCCGUUCACCCAACCGACGGGCCACGCGCAGCUGCUGCUGAUGUCCUCGAUGGCGAAGAGCGCCGGUAUGUUGCACGUGCGCGAGAGGAAAAGUUCUGAAUCCAAGUCCACUGCUGGGGGUUGCUCGAAUGGCGGCGAUGGGAAGGAGAGCGUUCGCAUGUAUACGCCAUUGCAGUUUGAGAACUCGCUAGGAAAGCUGCAGUGCGGCAGCGUGACGGCGCCACGUAAGAUCAUCGACAUGGAGGUCAUGGGGGGCGAGGAGCGGGAUGCGAACGGAAACGGCAUAAACCUGGAGCACUCGGUGAGCCAGCGUAAAACACGUCACUUGCUCCUGCUGAUUGAGACACUGUACCGGAUAGUGCUAAAAUUGGAGGACCUGCUGAAUCCGACCGCCAUCGAAGCGUUUAUGUUGCUGCGUGAGAAGAGGCUACGGGAGCGGCAUCAUCAGUCUGUCGACGGAGGCGAUAGAGGCCGGGGCACGCUAGCUGAACUCCCGGAGCACACCGAAACAUACGACGAGCUGGUAGCCGCUCUGAUCGGCAGCCUUUCGCAGGAUAAAACAACGUCCAUCCUCGGUGUUCGUAAGGGCAAAAUUCUUCUACGCCGCAGCCUGGCAGUGCUCCGGAAUCAUCCAUUCCGUUGGACGCUGUGGGCAAUGAUAUUCAACGCGAUUCCCUUGUUGCAGCGGAAGGAUCGCGACGACGUCGAUGGGGUACUUUUUAGCCUCUACACUGAGUUCGAACGGCACGUGCAGCGUGGCACGGUGGCAGAUCUCCUGCGACUAUCCAAGUCUUUUGGACCCCCAUCGGGUGGUGAUGCUGUGACGCAGUACUUGACAACCAACAAGCUUCUUCUAUCUGCCGUCAUCACGAUAAUCUUUCAGAUGGAGAUACUGUACGGCAAACAUCCGCGCCCUAUCGAUACGGAAGAGGACGUGUCGAGUUGGUUAGCAUUUCUACUGCAUGCCAAUCGGAUGGUUUGCAAUCGUGCAAUUCCGAAGACAAACGGCGGUAGCGCGCCUGCUCACAGCUGCAUCCGAAUCAGCCCGGACAAUAACAUCGUACGCACACUUCGGGUACACUUUGACCGAUUCAGUGAUCGUGCGAUCGGAUCGGAUCUGUUGAACUUCAUCACCGACAAUGGAAACGAUGGCAAUUAAUAUAUCUACACUCCUUGAUACAUUUAUUCAACCUUCUGCCAAACUAUGCCUUUUUAUGGCUUUUGCAACACGUGUUGCGUUUACUUGGUAAUCGCACUCCUGGAACUUUCUAACAAACUUGUAUAGAACUUUUUAAUUUCAAUGAAAUACCUUUUCCUAGCAUCACUAACUGUGCAAUAUAUUGAUUGGAAAUGGAUUUGAUUCUACCAGAAAUAUUCUUAAGUAUCGAUGAAGAUGAACGAUGAAACGAUGAAGGGACACUUCUGCUGAUCGUUGGUAGCAUAUAAGCUUUGCACUUGAAAAGUGCAUAAAUAUCUCAUGUACGUUUAUAAAGAUGUAUCUGUAUUAAAGCUCUCUUUUUACAUGUGAAUGGA